CGAUGAUACGAUAUGGUCAACAGGCUUGGACGUUGUUCAAGAGUCCGACGUGGUCCAGGUAGCUCGUACCACUCGCACAGUCAACUCAAAAUCCCCAAGCUAGACGACCAUGAACUUUUCACCCUACCAACCUCCUCCAGACGCUCAACGUGAACAGUCUCUCCUCUCCCCCUCUUCCUCAUCGGGAGGCGGAAAGGGGAAAGCGAGGGUAGGAGGUGGAAGUGGGAGUUCAGGGGGUGGGAAGCAGAAGAGACCUUGGUUCUCUCGCGAUGCUUCGUCGUUCCAAGGGUCAUACCAAUCCGGAGGGGACCCGAGUAAAUCAUACACCGACGCCUACGCCUACGAUCCUUCUUCCCUCGACAACAACCACAACAAUAACCAAGCCGGCCCUUCUUCUUACAACUAUACUGAUAACAAUAACCAAAACCUACCUUCCACCUCGGGAAACAACGGGCCAGGAGGGAACCCUAACAACGUCUGGGAAGCUUCGAUAGGGUUCUUACGGGUGGACGUGCUUGCUGGGUUGGGCUAUCUGGGGGGACCUAUUACGGCCUUGUUGCUGCUGAUCUUCGAGACGACCAACGAUUACGUCCGGUUCCAUGCCUACCAAUCGGGUCUAUUGACCACCCCGAUCAUCCUGCUCUGGCUGGUGAUGACCCUCAUCGGAUUCUGGAGAUGGCUUCGCCGACUUUACCUGUUUGCCUCACUCGCCGUUGUCUUAUACACCGCCUACCGUGCAUUCCGUGAUCCGACCUCGUCGACUCAGUCCGCCGGGAUGGGCCUGUCGACGGGGUACCUACCGAGGUUUUACCUGCCCAUCAUCGGGGAUCUCGCCGAGAGGUGGGUAGGCGAAGAGUAGGCUCCGGUCGCGGGAUGAAAGCGGAAUUAUAUACCCUAAAGUAGACUCUUUUUGAGGGGGUGAGCUCAAGGUGGAUGCAUUCGAUUGUAGAUUGGGGCUAUACCAAAGUAUGAGUAGAUGAAUUCGUAUCCCAUACGAUAUGAACGAGACCAGGUGCCGGUGUCGAAUCGCAGGGCGAUAAAAAGACCGGCGAUGGCACAUGGCCGGAGAAGUGGC